GAAGCGAUGGUGCGGACUGGCUUUGGGGAACCGACGAAGAUGACAGCAUGUUCGGGUUCGGCGGUGACGACGACAUUCACGGAUGGGCCGCAAACGGUCUUUUUGCCGGCGACGACGAUCAGGAUGAGAUGGUCGACUACGAAGGAAACCAGUCGCAAUACACUCUGGAAGUCCGACCUGACGGCAGUGUUCGCUUCAGCGGUUCCGGCUCGAACGGUCGUCAGUUCAGCUAUUCGCUGAACCAUGUCGAAUCCAUUGAUAUCAACGACGGUCAGGUCACGCUGAACGGACAGGAAACCGGCGGCGAUGAGUUGCCGGACGAGUUCGAACAGCCUGCUGAGUCGGAUCCCGUCGUUGAUUUGCCAGUCGGCGAAGAUCAGGACUCACCGGUUCAGGAAGACCCUCCUUCAGACUCCAUCGAUGAUGCACCGCCGGUUGAAGAUGAGUCACCUGUCGACAACGAGUCACCUGUUCAGGAUGAGCCGCCGGUCGAGGAGGAGCCGCACGUCGAGGAGGAGCCGCACGUCGAGGAGCAGCCGCACGUCGAGGAUGAGCCACAGGUCGACGAUUCAGCACAGGGUGAGCCUCCGCUGCAGUCCGACGAUGCGAUCGAUUCACCGGACCCUGCACCAGUUGAUUCGUCAGAUGAUUCUGAGGCCCAGCCGCCUGCCGAACCGGAGACCGGAACUGGAGACGUCGAUUCGGAUCAGGACGUGGAUCCUGACCAGUCGGGCGAGCCGUCCAAUCCACCUUCGGUGAUUCUCGGAACGGAUGAAGCGGACUGGCUGUCGGGCACGGAUGCCGACGAUGUGAUCGACGCCAAAGGCGGCAACGACAUCAUUCACGCACCGGUCGGCAACAAUACCAUCGAUGGAGGAACCGGCUACGACCGAUUGGUCAUCUACGACGGUGCUCGCAGUGACUACGUGAUCGAAACGGCGGCAGACGGAACCUUGCAGGGCUAUGCCUACAACUAUGCCGUCGCGCUGCCGUCCGAUUAUGACGCGAACACAUCGUACGGACUGAAGCUGGACCUGCAUGCUCACAGCGAAGGCCACCGCUAUCUGCCGGAAGCGGAAUACAACUGGGAUUCGAUUCAGCUGCUGGUCGACGAUCCCGGUGCCGACCGCGGAACGACUCACACCUGGUGGUUCGGCUUCGCUGAAGAUCACAACUACCAGACGGAUGGCGACACACCAACCAGCGGCACCGUCCGCAACUUCACUCAGCAACGCGUGCUGGAAGCCGUCGAUCAGGUGCGGGCUCGAUUCAAUGUCGAUGACACCCGCAUUCAUGCUCAGGGAAAUUCGAUGGGAGCAUCCGGCGCUCUGUCGCUGGGUAUUCACUACGGUGACGUAUUCGCGGGAGUCAUGGGCAGUCAGCCGAUGACGAAUUACGCCAGCAGCCCGGAGUUCCAGAACGAGUUCCAUCGUUUGUGGGGGACUCAGGCAGCGAACCUUGCCGUUGAACUGGACGGACCGUAUUCCGCCGACAUUCAGCAAUACAGCGUCGGCGGAUCGCAGGCCGUUGGUGUCUGGGAAUGGAUGAACCACCACGAAAUGCUGCAGGUCCGCCGAGGCGAACCGGUUUCGUUUCUGGUGUUUGGUCAUGGCAAACAGGACGACAUCAUCGACUGGGAGACUCAGGGACGACCGUUCAUUGCUGCGGUCAACGCAGCGGAUGUCGGGCACGCUGCGUGGCUGCAGGGCGAUGCCGGUCACACAUGGAUGGGCUUCAUCGGAGCCAACGUGCCGGUGCUGGGCGGUGUCGAUCAGAGUUACGGAAGCUGGGACCUGGCAGCGAAUGUCAGCUUCCCAUCGAUCACAAAUUCGUCCGGUUCAGGUUCGACGAAUCCCGGUGACGCGGGCGACGACCUGUACAACCUGAACGUGGACUGGGCCACCACCUGGAAUCGUUUCGGCGAACCGAUCAUCGAUACAGCAGACCGCUACGAAGUCACGAUUCGCAGCCUGUCCGGCUUCACGACCGCCGAUGUGACGCCCCGGAAGACUCAGGCGUUCCGCCCAGCCUCCGGUUCGCAGGUGAACUGGUCCGCCGUCAACGCAGCGACUGGUGCAGUGCUGCAGUCGGGCCAGGCAACCGUGGACUCGGACGGGCUGGUGACGGUCGAAGAUGUCGGCCUGCUGAACAAUGCCGGUUCGGUUCGAUACGUUGCCGCUGAAUGGCUUCGUCCGAAUAAGUCCCACCUUCAAAUCUACACCUCGCCCCUCCCGCUACAAAAGGUCACGUUGAUGAAUCGUCUUUCUGUCGUUGCGUUGCUGUCUGCUUCGAUGCUGGCGUCGGUUGCCGGCGCCCAGAAGUCAGAAGAAGAUGAUCCGGGAAAGACGCCCGAUUACCCGCGAGUCAAUCUGGCUCCGUGGUACAAAGUCGACCCUGACUGGCCUCAGAAGCCCGCGGACUUCACGUGGGAAGCGGUCCCCGGCGUAGCGGUGGACGCCAAAGAUCAGGUCUGGGUCUUCACGCGUUCCACGCCCCCGAUUCAGGUCUACAGCGCCGAUGGAAAACUGAUUCGUUCAUGGGGCGAUGACACCAUCAAGACGGCUCAUCACCUGAAGAUCGACGAUGACGGAAACAUCUGGGUGGCCGACAUCGGUCUGCACAUCGUGCGGAAAUUCGAUCCUCAGGGCAAGGUCCUGAUGACGAUCGGGACGCCCGGCGAAUCCGGCAAUGACGAAACUCAUUUCGACAAGCCGACCGAUAUGGCGAUUGCUGCCAACGGCGAUAUUUUUAUCGCCGAUGGAUACGGCAAUAACCGAAUCGUGCACUGCGAUGCGAAUGGCAAAUUUGUGAACGCGUGGGGCAGUCUGGGAACCGGGCCGGAUCAGUUCUCGCUGCCGCACGCAAUCGCCAUCGAUUCCAAAGGCCGCCUGUAUGUUGCAGAUCGCAACAACGUCCGCGUCAUGAUUUACAGUCAGGACGGGGAGCUGCUGGACAGAUGGAACGACAUGAUCGUGCCCUGGGGCUUCUGGGUUACGAAGAACGAUGAAAUCUGGGUUUGUGGAGCAUCACCGAUGCCGUGGCGCGUUGACGAAAAAUAUCCCACGGCUCCUUUAAGCUGCCCGCCGAAAGAUCAGAUCAUCAUGAAGCUGACACCGGCCGGAAGACUGCUGCAGCUGUGGACGAUUCCAAAAGGCGAAGACGAAAAAGAACAGCCCGGCGACGUGAACUGGCUGCACGCGAUCGCAGAAGAUUCGCAGGGCAACAUCUAUCUGGGCGACAUCAUCGGCAAACGAGCUCAAAAGUUCGUCCUGCAGAAAUAA